GUCAAAGUAGUGCUGAAGCUGUAGAUGCGCAUCAUUUUCUUUGAGCGCUUGCAUUGAAUUUUCCGAAUUUUCACUUUAUUUUACUCGUUGUUUUACGUUUUUCCACCGAAAACACUAACUAUGGGCUCGAAGAAACACAAGAAGCACAAAUCCGAACGGAAGGAACGCGAAGACAAAGCCAACCUCUUGCUGGAUCGUCCGCCGAGUUUGAAACUAAUUCUGAAGGUGAGCGGAAACAAUUCCACCCCGGAGCAUGGUAACGAUUCACCGGCUUACGGGAUUCACCAGGAUGUGAGCAAUCCGGCCUUCGCUGGGGAAUAUUCCGGCGAGCGUCACAAGAAAAGCAAGAAGAAGAAAAAGAAGAAGGAUCGGGAGAAGAAGCAUAAGCAUCAUAAAGAGAAACGCCGGCAUCGGGACGAUUCGAGUCAGGAGGACUUCAAUAGUUUCGGGGAUGAAAGUUCUCAGGCUCUGCCGGAAGGGAGUGCUUUGUAUGCUCCGCCAGUGGCGACGACACCGGUCAGUAUGGGAAGUCCCGCGUCGCUACCGGUGACAAAGCCGUUCACUCCGAUAAAGAGCCCUGAGCCGGAACUGUUGCCGAUUGUGCAACCGGCAACACCGGCCACUCCUGCUACCCCUGCGACUCCGGCCACUUCUUUGGCCAAGGAGGAAAUCAACGCUCCUAGUUCGGUGACCACGGAAGAGCCGAUUCCGAGUCCGGCCUCGAUGCAAUCCCUGUCUCGGCCGGGAAGUAAAAUGGAUUUCCACGAUACCGGCUCGAAUCAGGCGCCGAAAACGCCCGGUUCGGAUUGCAGCGGGCGGGAACCGAGGACGUGCGUGCUGAAGCUGAAGCAAAGCCGGUCGCCGUUGGCUCGCUUGUUGGACCAUUUGCUGAAGGCGCUGGAGAAACGCGAUCCGCAUCAGUUCUUUGCUUGGCCAGUCACGGAUGAUAUUGCUCCGGGCUAUUCGACUAUCAUUACGCGACCGAUGGAUUUCAGCACUAUCAGGCAGAAGAUCGACGACAAUGAGUACACUUCGGUGGGGGAGUUCAGCGACGAUUUUAAGCUGAUGUGCGAGAAUGCUAUCAGAUACAAUCAUUCCGAGACGGUUUACCACAAGGCAGCCAAAAAACUGCUCCAUGUUGGAGCCCGUCUCCUUCAGCCGGAAAAUUUGAUGCGGUCUCUGCGUCCGCUCAUGACCUUUAUGCGUGAGCUCACCUCAAAGGAACUAGGGUUCGAGCUUCCCGCAUCGUCGGACGGUCCGGAAAGUGAGCAGCAUACAAUGGAUUCGGCCGAUGAAGCCGUUGCUGCGGCCGUUGAUGAAGGAAUCAAUGCUCAGAUAAACGCCCAGCUCGAGGAGGAAGAAAAGCGGAAACAGAUCCGGCUGGAGAACAAUCCGACGUCGAAGUUUGAGCCUUUUGUCGAUGAUUUGACGGCGGAGGAAGUACUGCAACAGGUGCAAGCUGCAGCCAUCAAUGCCCGCACUAAGCUGCUAAAGAAAAAAUCCGCCCAUAAGAUGGGCUUCCUGCGCCAAGCCAAGGACGGGACCACUUCGAUGAACAUCAUACUGGACAACGAAAACAAUGCACCGGAGAAGGUCGUUUCGCUGGAAGCCUUCACCGGGAAGCUCCAGUACGGUACAGCUCAACUGCAGGGAUUCCGUGAGGACCGGAGGAACUUUGCCAAAACCGUCAAACCUUUAAGCUACGGGGCGUUCAGUUCGUUUGCACCGAUCUUCGAUUCUCGUUUCUCAAAUCUCUCCAAAGAGGAAUCGGAAAUGGUGCUGAACACUUACGGGGAUGAGACUGGGGCAGAUUACGCUGAAAGUAUUAUGCGGUUCUCCAAGGACAGUCCUUACGCUGGGGGUAUCGCUCACAGUCUGUUGGAUAUUCUGACCAAUGGCGACCACCGGAAGACGUUUGGCACCCUUUAUGAAUCGGACAUGCAGCGUCAGGAAAAGGACGCAGUAAAGGAAACCUUCCCGGACCCCAUCGAGCAGGAAGCCAAACGCCAAAAACUGUCCGACGUUAAAAUCGAUUUCGACAGCCUCCGGUCGCUGUCCAACUUGGGAUUGGACGUUCAGUUUCUGGACGAUUUGGAGUUGCAGCUGGAAUACGCCAAAAUGACGAGCUCGCUUCAGCAGUCACUGAACGACAAUUCCAGUCUGAUCCAGAAGUUGCACCAGAUUCAAACGGAUCGGUUGUCGGCACCGCUUCCGGCGCAUCUGUCCUUCGUCAAACGGGCGGGCGAGAACGAAAUCGAUCUCGCGGCGCAAAUUACCAACAAUUUGACGCAGAUUGCCAAGCAGUUGCCGCCGGUGGCCAUAGCGGCACCUCAAGGACUGCGGAAGGCGAUGGGAUUGAACAAUGUUGGUUUGGAAAUCUUUCAAACACCUCCAGUUGGAGUGGUAAACUCUCAAUCAUCAACAGCAUCUACGCAACACAGCGUAAAUGCAAACAAUAAUGCCGACAUCAUUGACACAACCCCAAUGGAUAUGGAUCUGGAGCCGGAGACGAUUACCCACCACCACCAUCCCAAUCCGAACCCAUCCCAGGUGGACAUCGACAGUGAACUGCGGGAGCUUCUGAACACUACCUCCUCGAAUGGCAAUGACACUGGCGGAGCCGAACCGGACGCAAGCAUCGAACAGAUGCUGAUGGAUUAAAAGUGCAUGUGUGGGUGUAUUGUAUCGACCGCGUGCACCUCCGUCUGUGCAUCAGGAUAGGAAGAAUAAGUUUCGCAUUUUCGAUUGUAUUGUAUCAACUUGCUGAUAACAGCAUCGUACAAGGAUGAAUCCCAUUUUAUCUUCAUAAAAUAUUAUAAGA